AUGGUCGUCCCGAUCGUGAUCGUUUUGAAGAAGAAUGGAGUGGAUAUCAGAAUGUCUGUUGAUUAUAGGCUGGUUAACCAGUUGAUCAAACUAUCGCGACAUCCUCUACCUCUGAUUGACGACUUGCUGACUGACGUUAAUGCUGUGGCAUGGCUCAUGAGUCUAGAUAUGGCGAGCGGCUUCUGGGCGGAUCAGAUGACAGAGCGGGCGAAGUUGAUUUCGGCCUUUGUCUGUCCAUUCGGAUAUUUCCAGUGGAUUUGGAUGCCUUUUGGACUCAAGAACGCGCCGUUAGUGUAUCAGUGUGUGAUCAACAACUGUCUCUGGGGAUUUGUGCGGCUCCCACCUGAAGAAGAGAAUAAGGUCGAUCGAGAUGUCCUGGAAUUUCUGAAGUUGACCGUCCCAGACACAGGACCGACGUUCGAGAAUCCUCAGGUUAGUCUCCCGAAGAGCGAGUUCGGUAAACAAGCUAUACCGUAUCUAUCUCGCGAAGUCUGUGCCGAAGGUUUCAGAGCUACCCCGAAGAUCGCCAAGAGCGUUCAGGACCUGCCUUUCCCAUCGACACUGAAGGGCGUUCAAUCAUUCUUAGGAAGCUUGAAUUACUACAACAAGUUUAUCGAAGAUUUACCUGUUGUCGCAGCUGUGCUUUACGAGCUGGAUGAUGAUCGCAUUCGCGCUGGACAGGAUUUGGAUAGGACAAAGGAAGCGUUCGAGAUUCUAAAACUCAAGAUUACAUCGACGCCGCUGCUGCGCCAUCCCGAUUGCACCAAGCCGUUUGUCAUCAUCCCACAUGCAAACCCUGGGCGGCUUGUGCCGUCCUGGGACAGGAACAUGAGGGAAUCAUCCAACCAGUGCGCUUUACAGGGCGAGUUUUGA